CUGUUUCUAAUAGAUGAGGUAUUGGGUAUGGGAGUGAGUGAUUGUUACAGUGAUCGAGGUCGGAAAGCAAUUAUAGAGGGUAUCGUGAUUGGCUACUACUGCUCUUCACCUUUUUUUGUUGCCCACCACGUGAAACCAAAAAGCUCAACCCCAAAAAAGUAAAUCGAUUCUAGGGAUUAAUAGCUCCACCAAUUUCCCUUGCUUUGCUGUAAUUUUCCAACUGCGGUGAUUUUUCCUGCUUAAUGUGAUGAAAUUGGAGGCUUUGCCCAAGGGCUUCCGCUUCCGCCCCACGGAUGAGGAGCUCGUCAAUCAUUAUUUGAGGCUCAAGAUCAACGGCCGUCAUUCUGAAGUUGAGGUCAUCCCUGAGAUUGACGUCUGUAAAUGGGAGCCGUGGGAUCUCCCUGCACUCUCCGUUAUAAAAUCUGAUGACCCAGAGUGGUUUUUCAUUUGCCCCCGUGAUAAAAAAUAUCCAAAUGGGUAUCGUUCUAAUAGAGCCACAGAAGCUGGUUAUUGGAAAGCUACAGGAAAGGACCGUACCAUAAAAUCUCGCAAAUCAUCCCCAUCAGGUCACUCCCAUUCUCAUGUGAUUGGGUUGAAGAAAACUCUAGUCUUUUAUAGGGGCCGUGCUCCAAAGGGUGAACGGACAAAUUGGAUAAUGCAUGAGUAUCGUGCCACUGAACCAGAUCUUGAUGGCACUGGUCCUGGACAGGGUGACUAUGUCCUAUGUCGCUUGUUCCACAAGACAGAUGAGAGGCUUGACAAUUUGAAAUGCACUGGAGUAGAUCAUAUUGGCUCAGUCCCAUCUACAGAAAAAUCUUCUCCUGAUGAUGUAUCUUCAGAUGUGUUUCGAGAUCCAUCGAUGGUGGAUAUGCAGAUGGUUAAGGAACCAGGAGAUGUAAAGAAGUGGUUGACGGAUCCGGUGGACUGUCUGACUCCUACUAACCUAGCACCUGUUGAAAGCUGUGCAUCUGAUGGUAUCGAUCACUCAGGAGAAGAAACAGCAGUGGAGGUAUCUCUGCCUCUGCGAGCUGAUUCAAUGCAUGAAGGAGCCACCCACAAUCAAUUUGAUGACAAGGGCUUGGGUGCCUUUGAAUCACACCCUUAUGCAGAUUUGGUGGAUCCCAUUGGUUCACCCUUUGCUGCUGACUUUGGCUACGAAAGAAAUGGAUUGCAUUUUCAAGAUGGCACAUCUGAACCAGAUGCAUCCCUGUCAGACCUAUUGGAGGGACUUCAAAAUUAUGGAAACUGCUUCUAUGAAGCGUCAACUAGCAACAAGACCUAUGAUCCAAAUCAAGCACCAAUUGCAUUUAGUAAGGAUGAAAAAUCUCCAAGCUUUUCUGGAGUACCAUCCACCGAUCAUUCCCGUUCCUGCUAUGCUGCUGAAGAAGCGGGUUCUUCAGCAGAUACAGCUGGAGGAUCAUUCCUUAGACGAAUUGAGACAUCUUGCCACCCUAGUUCGAGCAAAGAUGACAAUACCCCUGUUAGUGAAACUGGAAUCAUGAUUCGAUCUCGCCAGCCACGAAAUCCACCCAGUUUUGUGGACUUUACACCCCAGGGAACUGCUCCAAGACGACUGCGCCUUUGGUUGAGUCCCAGACCAGAUUCCAAGUAUAGCGACAGAUCCAAGGAAGAUGAAUCACAAUCACUUAGCAAACAGGAUGCCGAGAUUGCCCACAAAAAUGAUCCAAACUUAGCUGCAAAACAUGGACAAAACAGCAAUCUAAGAACGCCCUCACCUCAAAUAACAGGCCUCCUCUCUAUUCGCGGAGCUUCAGGUUCUAUGAAAGUGUAUGCUGUCGGCGUAUACAUAGCUAUAAUCCUAUCUGUUCUUCUUGUGAUAUGGAUCUGCCCCAGGCUGCAGCUCUACUAGGCCAACCUGUAAAUUAUGUGUGGUAAUCUUAAUUAUUAGCAAUACAUUGUUCCUCUCUUUCUAACCACACACUUUCCUGUAUAAAUUUAGUUCGUGUAGAGAGAUAUCGAUGUUCGUUAGUAGUUAAUGUUUGCAUAAUGAAAAUGAUGUUGUUUAGGAAGUUCUUAACUUUCUCAGACUUCUACUCAGACAUGGUCCAUGGAGCUAUAUUUUAGAUGUGUAUCCAGUAAAAUAAUCUGUCUAGAUUAUACAAAGCAUUUUUCAAUA